AGAGAGAGAGAGAGAUGGGUGAUAAGUCAUGAAUGGAGAUAGGAAGAAGAGAGAAGGGGAAGUUGAAGGUGUAAGAAGUAAUGAUGAGACCUCGUGCCAUCAUUGCAAACGAAGAAGGCUUCUCCCAUAUACAAACACUGCACACACCAAAGAUUUUUUAGGUUCAAACACCAUAUUAUCUUAUUUAUAUGUGCACCUGCACCACACACCUCCUUGUAUUCUCUCUCCAUUAUUUCCAGUUCUUCCCCCAAAAAACUUAAGAAUUGAGGGAAAAAAAGGAACUUCAGAAUGCGCCUUAAAGGUUCACAGUGGUGCCAAUCAACAAUUCCAGCUCGCCGCCGGCGGUGCAAGGUUCGAGUUCGCCGGUUAUCCAGGAGGAGGAGAAGGUCGGUAGAAGCAGCACCAGUAGGGGUGAUGGGUAUAGAGAUGGCAAUGAAGAACUUGAAGCUGUACUUGGAGAAUAGAAGUAUAAUAGAAGAGAAUGAGAAGCUGAGGAAGAAAGCUCUUCUACUUCAUCAAGAGAACCAAGUCUUGAUGUUUGAGCUCCAGAAGAAAUUAUCUCAUAACCACCAUUCACGACUUGAAGUUUCAUGUUGAAGCUUGAAGGAGAAGGUGAUCAUCAUCAGAAGGGCUCCUUACCUUUUCUGCUUCUGGUCAUGACUCUUUCUCUGUUUCUUGUUCUAGAUAAUAUGAUGAAAUAUAACUAUAAUUAAGAUAGAUCAGAUGAGUUUUCUUCUGUUCUUUAUCUUUUAUCUUUUUUCUAGUUGAAAUUGUAUGGGGUAUCUAAUAUUUUUGGAUGGCUAAAGGAUCAAUCUUUGUAUUUGUUAAAAGUUUUAUAUUCUUUUAGAUUUGAUUACUGCA